UGGUAGCAGCUGUAAAAGCUACGAGGCUGUUAGAACUAGUGUCUGUCAGUACUGUAUUUUCCUAUCCCGUUAUGCUGAUCUAAUGUAUCCUGGCUGAAAAGUAUAGUUUGUUUAAUGCGGGUAGGAUACGAUUUUGAAAACUCUUUCAGAUAAUUAUUCCAGGCUUGCUAACUGUCUACAUACACGUAGCUGCUGCUGACUGGAUUUCUGUGAACGAAUGGCUAACAUGCUGUGGGACUGAUGGAUGUCCACUCAAUUGAUCAAACUUGUUCGUGUUCAAGUUUAAAGCGGGGAAGAGUUAAACCUGGAAAAUGACAGAUUGGAGAGAAGUGUUUGAACGAACCAGGGCGGUUCCACCCCACAGCCAGACGGCCCGACAGUCUGACAUUAACAGACCGUCCCAAGGUUUUCAGCUCGUUUUCAAGCACUUGGAUGGAACUUCUAUUUUCCAGAAACCGACCAGCGUCCAGCUGCGUGUUUCCUUCUUCGAUACAGCCCGCCAGCACUUCUUUGGAAGAACUUGGAGGAGUUCACCCCAUGACGCCACUGCUGCUUCGGAGGACCAGGGUGGCAGCAGAGUGUCUUUUCAUGAGGUGGUGUACUUCCACACGUCACUGUGCCGGCCCUGCGUGGUGGCGGUGGUGGAGCUGGUGGAGUUGGUGGAGGUGGCGUCCCUCCACUCCCAGCAUGCAACAGGCUGCGGCUUUGGGAUCCUGCCGCUCUUCUCUGGGGCCACAGGAACGCCAUCGCUCUCUGGAAACCAAAGGAUGCCUUUGUACAAUGGGACGCCGCGGGCACUGCUCCAUCCCAGUGCUCGAGAUGCUGAAUUGAGCAGGCAGUUGACAGUGAUGGAUGGCAUUGAGCUGCUCUACUCGCUCCAAAGCCACCCUGCUCUCCUCCCCAUCAUGCCCCUCGUCCCUCAGAACACGCUGGUGGCGGGGCACACGCGCAUCCCCGGGGUUGUGCACAUGUCUGACAGCACAGACGGGCUGCGUAAGCCGCGUGUGCUGAAGAGUGUGUUCUGCGUGCUGGACCGCAUGGUGCUGCUGCUGACCCCCUCUCUGGAGAGAUUUGAGCAGGACCUGCUGAACCUGCUCACAGCUGAGAGCCACAACACGCACCGGACGCAGGAGGGCCCGGCCCUGGUGGUCCAGGAGCGGCGGCUGCACGUGGGCGCGCACAACGGCUGGACCUUCCUGGACGGGCCGCAGGUGCUGAUCCUGGAGCUGGAGUCAGCGGGGGGAGCUCGCGGCCGCAGCGGCAGCUUCCGCCAGACCUCAGGGGGAGGCCUCAGUUCAUCCUCUCCGGUGUUGGCGUUGAGGGGUGGCGUGGAGAUGGAGAUGGUUCCCCAUCCAGCGUGUGCCCUCAUCUUCCAGCUGGAGUACGUCUUCUCCCUCACCACCUCCGAGGGCAAGUUGUCGAGCGGCACGUCACGCGUGGCCUUCCUGCAGUGCCUGGGCUGGGCGGCCUGGAGCCCCUUCUCCGCGGACGCAGGUGCUGGCGCCCAGGUGCAGCUGCAGCUACAGGGCGGAGCCACACCCAACCCCUUUGAUGUCAUGGUCUACAGCGCACCUUGCACCAGCCCUGACAGCACCACUGAGGCCACUCGAGGCGGCGUCCACCUGAGCUUCCAGUUCUCCACGCGGGAGAAGAUGCCUCAGUCCAGCCCGGCGGGGUCCAGGAGGGCCGGCCUGGCCAAGCGCAAGCAGGGCGUGUCUCCAGCGCGCGACGAAAGCAUCCAGGAGCUUCAGGCCUCCCUGUCGAGAUCGGUCCAGGGCCCAGGGCUCUCCAUGUCUCAGCUGGCUGAAGCUUCACGCCACCCGACUCUCAGACACUCCACAGGGUCUCCAUGGCAACAGUCUAUUCCCUCUAGGCUCCAUGCCUCCCCAUUGGCUUCAGCCCACCAGCUGUCACAUGUGGAACGUUUUGGCGUGAGCAGCAUAGUGCAUCUGGAGAUGAGUGUGAUGGACGUGCCAGAUCCAUCUGGUUCAGAGCCUCAGGAGGUCGAUGAACCCCCCCUGCAGGAGCUCACCUACACACCAGUGCAGGCCCCAGUCAUCAUGCUGGGCACGCGAACCACAGGCCUGCCAUCGCGGAGUUCUCGGAGUUCGCUGGCGCACCUGUUCUCCGCUGGGUUCCCUGAGGUGCUGGAUCUGCACGGGCAGGCGGCCGAGGUCUCGGACCCCAGCGAGCCGGUGACCUUUAACCCCCAGAGGGAGGAGGCCGACCCGCUGCAGAGCAACACUCUUGUCCUGCAGUUCCUCGCCUUCUCCAGAAUCCCUCAGACAGGUGUGCCGGCUGACUGGCCUCGCUGCGUCCACUUCACCUUCCAGCUCUACCGCUUCCCCCCGGUCAGCACCCAGCGCUUGUCUCUGAUUGGUCUACAGGGGAAGCCCACAGAUGAUGACCCCUGCAUCCUCGCUACCAUCAACAAGGACGGGACGCUCAACACAGACUCCCCUGGGCUGCAGCUGCGGUUCACUGUGGGGGCGGAGUCAGUGUGUCCAGGGGAGAGGCGGAGCUUCCUGAGGUACCUGGCGCAGCACUCUCUGCAGAUCGACGUGUGGGACAGCAGCUCAAUGCAGCUCAUCGGCUGUGCUGCCGUGGAGCUCAAGCACCUGUUGAGGCAGGGCCGCUCUGCAGUGCAGCUGGUGCACGAGCUGGAGGUCAUCACUACGGAGUUCGUGCAGGACGCCAGCGUUGCCAGCGGGCACCUCUCGGGGCGCUCGCUCACCUCGCCCAUCAACAUCCUCACCACCGUCAAGGGCAGGCUGCACCUGCGCCUGGGGAACGUGGGUGGUCCAGUGGAGCGGGGUGCGGACAUCUCUGUGGCCUCCUCUGUGCACGUGGUGAAGGGCUGCAGCUCCGUGCAGGGCUUUGGGGGAGGAAGCCUCUUCAGCUCCAGCGUCUCACAGAGGAACGCGCGUAACACAGCGCGUGCCCUGCGUAUGGUGGAGGUGCACGGUGAGCUGAUGUCGCUGCUGCAGGCCAGAGGGGAGGGCCCUGGCCACAUGGGGGCAGAAGAGAGCAGGCUGCGCAAACUCAGCAGGAUGGCUGCAGUGAGGCAAACCGAACAGCAGGACGGCGACACUGAGCACAAACCCUACAUGUGGCGUCGUGAGGAGCGUCAGCAGCUGGGCCGGGAUCUGCGGGUGAUCGAGGCGUACCGGGAGAAGAGCAAAGCCGAGGGCAUCGCCCACAUGCUGAGCCAGGCCAUCACCACCCAGCACACCCUCUACGCCUCGCUCGGAACCGUGCACUUCUUCGAGUUCCUGCUCAAGAACCCCUUCAGCUCGCCACAGACCAUCACCAUCCACAGUGAAGACCCAGAGCUCAGUGUGGUGGUGAGUACGGAGGAGUGGCGUUAUCUAAAGCAGAUGACCAAGACGUCCACUCCACUGGAGCAGGACAUGUUCAAGCUGAACGAGAAGACGCACCACCUGCAGGUCUACCUGCGCCCCAAAGAGGCCGUCCACAUCCCCCUCAAAUACCAGACCUUUGUGUCAACACACACCCUACCUCCACAGGGACUGGGGCCCAUGAGAGGAGACCAGACUCAUCACACGUUUCAGAGACUGCAGCCCAGCGCCGUCAGCAGGAAAUCCAUUAAGGUGCAGUUCCAGGGUCAGGAUGGGAAGCCGGUGGCCAUCUGCCAGGUGAGGGUGGAGCUGACGCCGCACGGCGUGGACCAGACCUUCCGCUUCUCCCACCCAGAGGGCACCUUCCUGAAGAAGGCCAUCCGCCUGCCGCCCUGGACACCUGCCCCAGAGGAAGCUCCUGUUCUCCAUGUGCGCUGCACGGACCCCAACGUCAUCUGUGACACCAGAGCGGUGGCCCCAGGGGAGCCCCAGGAUGUCUAUGUGAAAGUGGCUGGCUGUCCAAGUCCUCAAAUAAAGAAGUUCUUCAUCACUGUGUUCACUGACCGCUGGCUUGUAGCCCCAGCUCAGAUCUGGCAAGUGUAUGUCCACUUCCUGCAGCGCUUGGACAUAAGCUGUGUGACUGGCCAGCUCACCUGUCAAUCACUGGUGCUGAGGGGCACCCAGGCAAUGAGGAAGGUGAAGUGCCACGUGUCCCACCCUCUGGAGUUACAGGUGGACCCGUGUGAGGUGUUUGUGCUGCCCCCGCGGGCCGUGCAGGACCUGCAGCUGAGGGUGCGCUGCCGCCGGACGGGGUCAAAGUUCGUGCAGCUCAGUGUGGUGGACGUGGAGCAGCAGCAGCUGGUGGAGUACUGGCUCAUCUGCAUCACCGCACACCCCCCCGUCAUCUCCAAGGCCUUUGAAAUCUGCCUGCCGGUGGGCGGAGGCCGCGGCAGCACCAAGAAGAUCACGUUCGCCAACCCGUACCCAAACACGCGCACCUUCCACCUGCUCUCCGACCACGCCGACCUGCUGCAGUUUAAAGAGAACACCUUUCAGGUUGACGGAGGGCAGUCGUACUCCAUAGGGCUGCGUUUCGCUCCGAGCCAAAGCCCCGGCCAAGAAGAGAUUCUCAUCUACGUCAACAACCAGGAGGAGCUCAACGAGGAGACGUUCUGCGUCAAGGUCAUUUACAGAUGACCUGAGUAAGGAGACCUGCUGUGUCAAGGUCAUCUGCAGAUGACCUGUGUAGGGAGACCUGCUGUGUCAAGAUGACCUCUGAAGGAGCAUUAUCAUGAGGCACUUUAUCAGGGCUCUUUGAAGAUGAACCCAGCCAGACAUAACAAAGGAACUCAGCUUCAUGCACUAGAUAUUGUUUAUGUUUUUUUGUUUUUUUCUAAUUAUGUCUGAAUGCUGCUUUUGUAUCUGCUUUUAAGACCCAAUAAAGGCUUUAGCCAAACUGAAGAAGAGAGA